AUGGAGAUGAAGAAGAUCGCUUGCGGUGUGCUUUUCGCUGCUGCCUCUAUGACCGCUGUCAUGGCUAUUGAGGAAGCCGGAGCUCCUGCACCAGGACCCGCUUCUGCCGCCUCGGUUGCCCUCCCGGCUCUUGGCUCUUUGGUUGGGGCUUCCCUUGUGUCCCUCUUCAGCUACUACAUGCAUUAAGCUAUAUCUUCAUUAUGUAAUAAUACCAUCUGCGUGAUCCUUUUCAUUUCUUACUUAUUUCCGUUUCACUUGUCAACUAAUAAAACUGAGAAAGUAAUUCAAGAAUAAACUUUCUCUUCUUCGUU